AUGGAUGGCCUGCGAGUAUUCCCGAGUGAGGUCUUGAACCUCAUCAUGGAGCAGCUUGUGAUUGCGGUUGGCAUUCGGAAACUGGUGCGACUGCGCACCGUGAAUCGAAAAUUCGACACCGCAAUUCUGCAAACCAUAUGCGUCAGUCAAACAGUCGACAUAGACGACCCCGCUACACCCAAACUCGCUUCACGCAUGCCUCCCACACUUCGGGGAAAGGUCGUGGCGGUCAAAUCACAAUUUGCCAUCACAAGCAGUGAACGCUACCUAUCGGUUGUCGCUGGCGUCAAUCAGGCAUUGGACGACCUCAUGGAAACCGACAGCGAGCAGCUGCGGAGAUCCCGCCACGAGACCAUCGCGGGGGCGGUUCUGCUCGUACGGGACCAUCCCGUCGACCACAAAAUAGAAGCACAGAAUGUACUCAGUGGGGCUGUCAUCCUCGGCAACCUACCUAUCAUUGCAUUGUUGCUUCAAGACACAGAUGUGAACGGCACCACACCGUACUUCCACGGCCUUUUGACCCUCGCCGCCACUUACGGGCAUCUCGACGUAGUUCGGUAUCUUUUGACCUGUGGUGCCCGCCUAGACUCGGUCUUUAGCUCCUGGUCCGACCAGCAAUAUCGCCUCGUAAGCCUGCCUGAGUGGCAAGCGCAGAACGAGAACAUUCGACCAAUGUCCUUGCGUGUAGAACCCCCAAGCGCACUUCGUACUGCGGUUUUUGGCGGCCACACAGAUAUUGUGCACCUGCUAUUGCACUCAGAGCAUCGGUUGCCCAUCACCGACACUGAAUAUCUGCGUGCAAUCCUGGCAGGCGCAAAGGCUGGAAGGCUUGACCUUAUAGACGCCCUCCUCCAGACGAUAGGAAGGAAGCUAGCAGAUUUCCCCGAUCUCGAAAAUGAGAUGAUGUGGGCCGCCGUUCGCUACGGCCGCAAACAUGUGGUGCAAAAGCUUCUCGACAACGGUGCUGAUAUCAAUGCCUUUAGGGUUCCAUGUCUCUACCCAGACCACAGUGCGCUCUAUAUAGCAUCGUCGUUGGGAAACAUCAGUAUGGUGCAUUUCCUUAUAGAAAGAGGGGCCAAAAUAAAUAACAAUCCAAACCGCCUGCCAGUAGAGGGAGCUGCACUGGCCGGACACGAAGAAGUAGUCGAGCUGCUCCUCGACCACGGCGCAGACCCCAGUAGUGCUUUGCGGAGCGCUGCUGCAGGAAGCCAACCACUAUUGAUCAAGUACUUGCUGCACCGGUUCCCGGACCUGCCUUUUCGCGAUGCAGGGGAGUUAGGUCUGCUAGCAAUGGUGAGGGCACUGCUGGUCAAGAACCUGACGGGGGUGACCUUAUUAGUAGAAGCUGGCGUCGAUCCCAAUGACGACUUUUAUACAGGACCGGACGGUUCAUUAUGGUAUUUAGCUCAGCAAGCCAGCUUCGGCCGGUGGAUUGGCGAACACUUGAUAACACUCGGGGCACGGCAUUCCGGGGAAGAUACCUACAAUGACGACAGCAAUGAGCCCCCAACCAUCAGAGAUGUGCGCGUCUCCGAACGUACAUGGGAAUGGGUCAGUAAAUACUAA